GUGAAGGCGCCGGCCCGCGCGCACAUCUUUCAGGAGCACCGCAGCCAACGGCUGGCAUCGGCACAAGAGCAUUCUCGUCCGUUGCUCCACCACCCCCGGCAGCGCACCGUUUUUACAAUGUUAUUUAUAUUAGACGUGAAGAGGUGUGUUUCAAAUUUGUUCAUUUUUCGUACCCGUUACGAACAAUUAGAACAAGUUUCUGCUCACUUCCGAAGGGCGGCGCGGAGGCGGCGGCGGUGGGCGUGGGCGUGGGUGUGGGCGUGAUGGCGGGCGCGGGCGCGGGCGUGGGCGCGGGCGCGGCGGCGUGCUGCGAGAAGGCCCGCAAGGAGCACCCUCCCAGCAACAAGCUGCGCGCCCGCCGCAUCGACGAGCUGUCGCGCCUGCUCUUCCCGCUCGCCUUCGCCAUCUUCAACUUCCUCUACUGGACCUACUACCUCUCCUAACCGCGCCCCCGCCACGCGACGGGCCGGCGCUGGGCGCUAGGGGUGUGCACACACGACUUCGGACCACUCGCGAGGGCCUCCGCGCCCGCUAAAGUCAACUCGACCAAUUUCCGAUUCAUCGUCUGGCGGUGAAUUGCAUUUGUAUGGGAACGCUUUACUUACUCUACGGCAAACAAGGCAUCUAUCAGAAAAUACGAUGGCUAGCUUGGGUUCCUAUUGAUGCGCUACAUACAUAUUUUUCCAAUAACAUCUCUUUUGUUUAUAUUGUUAAUAAUAUUGAUGAAUUGAGUGUUAAAAUAGAGGUUCACUUUCCUUCUUUAUAGUCCGAUAAAUAAAUAUCAUGGAAACGAAUUCAUUAAUGAGUGCAAAACCAAUUGUUCACGAUGGGAUUUUUUUUAAGUACUUAUCAUCGUAAAGUACUACGAGUUUGUUGCACAAUCAUAUCUACUGGCAAGACUGUUCUUAACAACAAUCGUGUACGUUUAGCUCGGCAAUCUUACUUGCCAAGCGUUAAAAUCAUUCAUUCGAGCGAGAAAGUCGAGUUGCGGUAGUUCGAAAAUCCUAAAAGUCUGUUUGCAUACCUCUGGUUUGUGCAUAGGUGAAAAGACAUUGUGAACGAUUUACUAUAUAGAAAGACCGUUCUGCACCUCUUAGAAAAUAACACCCAACGCCUCUAAAUUAUGUAUGUAUGUACAUACUAUAUAUACACAUUCGUCUCCAAAAAAGCAUGUACAAAAUCACCCGAACGUGUUGUGCACAGAAAUGGGCCAGGCUUGGGUAAAGUAGUAGGUUACUGCUUCAGACUGAAAUGGGUCGAAUAUGGAAGUCACCACAGUUAGGAGAUGACUUCUAAUGGAGGUGCCAGAUGAAAAGAGGAAACCCUAAACGAAAAUGGAACAUCAUUAUUGACACAAUUUGUACGACAGCAUGACAUGACACUAGAAAUAUAUUUGGUUGUAUUUUCUACAAUGUCUAUUACUCAAAUUACCAACUGUGUCAAAGAAUAUCGUACCAACAUAAAAUUAUUUUGAUUUUUAAAUUUUCUAAUCUAGCUGUCGUUCAAAUCAGAAAAUUUUACAUUCUUUUUGAGGGUGCUUUCCUCUCUUCUGCCGAAAAAGGCGUCGUCGCGAAGUCAAAUGUAGGCAUAACAACUCUGACAUGUAGUCGAGCAAGUGGACAUGCUGCCCAGCAAUGAGAUACCAUUCCAAUCUAGCUCAGAAAAAUUGUUAAAAUUUUAAAAUAAAAAUACUAAAAUAUUUCUUAAUACCUGUCAAAAACAAUUAUGAAAUUGUGAAAUACCAUUCCCACUCUCAUUCUCAAAACCAUUAGUUUACCACUAGUUUGCCUGGUGUAUGACAUGGUUCUUGUCAUGUAAAAGAAUUCUGGCAUGUUUUCUACCACUAAUGUAUCAUUCUUUGUAUGUUUUUAUGGCAAUCCAAUUGAUAUUAGAUGUAUUGUUACAUUACUUUCAAGGAGUAGGUUUCAUCCAAAUGUAGGUACUAAAAUUAUGAGAAAGUGUCCUCAGAAAGAGAAAGUUAUUCUGAAUAUACAGAAUCAAAUAAAUGGUGAAAUAUUGAAGAAUAACUAGUAUUCACUCAAAUAUGUUUUAAAACUUGAUGGACACUUACCUCAUACAUUGGAUUACUUUUUGGAUAUGCCAUGUGCAUUGUAGCACCCUCAUGAGAUCCAAAACUAGCUGGAAGUUAUUAUUUAUAAUUUCUAUCAACAAACUAUUAUUGCUAAAUUAUUAUACUGCGAGAGCUCUCAGUCAUUUGACAGUCACCUACACUUAAUUGCACAUUACUUCUAAAAUAUAAUGCUUAUGAACAUCAAGUUCAUUUUAUGUUUUUAUUUAAUUUAAUCAAACUAGCAAUGAUAUUAUCCAGAAAAUUUCACAUAUCUUUAAUAUUAAUUGUGUUCAAACAAAACAUAAACACGAUACAUUUUGAAAAGAAUAGUUAUACCAACAAAUAUUUUCGUUAAAUCAACUUCUGUUUUGUAUUGUCAUUUUUAUAUUAUGCACUGUCUUAGGGACCAGAAAUAUCUGUAAAAUUUCUCUUUGAUGAAAUGCUGCAUUAAUGGAACAUUUAUUUAUAUAUCUCAAAUAAUUUCAGAAACAUUAAUGACAUUUGUGUAUAAAAAGUAGUUUUAUCUGUAUCACUAAGUUAUAAUUCUCUGUAAAAAGUCAUGAUCAAGAAAAACAAUUUUCAUACCUGUACACUGUGUUGUAUGUCCAUGAAUGUACCAUCUCAAAAGGGAUCAAGGAUCUUUAAUGAAUUUAUUACAUGCAGAGGAAACUUUUUUAAACUCUUUUCACAAAACGUAGCUAAAGAAAUCCUUUAAAAUCCAUCCUUUUAAUCAUCAAAAUCAAAAUCUUGUACUGUAAAAUGUUGCACCAUGUAAACGCAACUGAAGAAAAAUUCUGAAUGUGAAUAUGAACAAAAUAACUUCAUGUUAAAACUGAUUAUUCGUUAAUGAAAGGAAAACAGUUCCAUUUCAAAUAAUACUUGAACUGAGAAGGCCUAUACAAGUUUAAGAAAAAAAAUGUCAGUACUGGCUCCAGUUGAAGUAUUUAAGAAAACUGUUAUCUCAUUCACAUAUAUUUAACUCCAAAUUUAUGCAACACUAUUGUUCUCUGAGCUAGAAAUGUAGAAUGAUCAUGCAGCAUUUCCACUUCCUAUUCACAGUUCCCUAUGUCCAUUCCUUGUCAAGCGUGCUAACAGACCCUUCUAAUUGUACUUCCAGAGAAAUAUUUUCAUAUAUCUUCCUCCAGCUCCUACACUGACCAAUGUACUAUCAUUCUUUAAACAAAUUAUUUAAAAAAAUUGUAAUCUAUUCCACAACUGGAUAAUGACGUUUUAAAGGUGAAAUCAAGAUGACAUGUCCUUUCAGCUUCAAUGCAAUGAAAGAUGUGUAAAUAUUGUGUAGAGAGGAUGUAGUAAAUUUGUGGCUAAGUUAGCCACUAAAGACAUUUAUUGAUUUCAUAAUCACAAUAACCAGAUACUCACAGAAAAAUUCUAUGUUCAAUGUUAAAAGUAAUGUUAUUGUAUAAAAAUGUUCAUUUAUGAUAGAAGUGUUAUAUUCCCUCAUUAAUUGUGUAAUAAAUAUCUUAUUUGUCAAAGUA